AUGCCACCCAAGACAGCUGACGAAGAGCUCGCGGAACUGGAAGCUCUGGCUGGGGAGACUCCCGCACCCCCGCCGAAGCAUGCCAAAGGGUCCCGCGCACCACGCCAGAAGAUCCAGCGCCAGGAGGAUGAAGAUGCUCUGAAGGACCUGGAUGAGCUGGAGCAAUUGGGCAAGGCUCAACCAGCAGCUCCCCGCCAGAUCAGUCGUCCAAACACACCCAAAGUAGCCUCGUCAUCGACCACAUCGAGCAGCCGCCGCGCACCAGGCGUAGCUACUCCCUCUUCCACUGGAUCAGCACGUACAAGCGAAGACAACCGACCUUCAGUGCCGAGGAAAUCAGGGGAGAGUACCCGUUCGUACCACCAGAGCUUCGCGCCAACCCGAGAGGCGCCCGCCAAACAACAAGCACCUGAGCCCCAGGAGGAGAAGCAGUCAGGUGGAUCUUGGUGGGGAGGUGGAUGGGGAGGACUGGUGUCAACAGCCACUGCAGCAGCAGAGACGGCGAGGAAGCAAGCGGAAGCCGCCUACCAAGAGAUCCAAAAGAACCAAGAAGCCCAGCGAUGGGCGGAGCAAGUACGAGGGAACGUUGGUGCUCUUCGCGGCAUUGGAGGUGAACUCGGCAAGCGUGCCGUACCUACCUUUACCAACAUCCUAAACACCCUCGCACCACCCAUCUCCCAGCAUGAACGCCUCCAGAUCCACAUCACACACGACCUCAUCGGGUACCCCUCGCUCGACCCCCUCAUCUACCAGACAUUCGCCGGCGUCAUGGCACAAGUAGAAGGCGGAGACCUCAUGGUCAUCCAACGCGGCUCCGAGUCAACACAGCGCGGAUCAUUGGACGGCUACCGGGGCGGCGGUGGGGGCUGGAACGACGGGCCAUGGUGGCGACACACCGACAAGCGCGACCUCUCCGUGGUCAAAGGACUCGUAGAAGGCACAAAGCUCGCACGCGUCAGCGCAGAGUCGUACGCGAACGAGUUCUUUGGUGCGAGAGGAGGUGUUGAAGAAGCAGCCAAGCAAGCGACAGAAGUCCUGAGCGAGACGAACCCCGUCAGGAGCAGCGACAUCUUUAUUGCGAUCCAAGCUAUCAGCUAUCCCGUACAAGACGAACUCUUCGCUACAUCCUCCUCAGAAGAAAAGUCGGAUGUGGAAGAACAAAAGGAGGACGAGGAGGAGGUGGCUUUCGCUAUCUACCUGCACGACCCUAUCCACGGCAUCUCCUUCAAGUCCAUCAGCCAGUCUUUCCCGUCGAAAUGGGUCGACUGGCUAGAUGCGCCGGCCAAUACCGAGGCCGAGGGCGAGGAGCAACAACUACCGCAGGAAAUUUAUGAGAUUAUCGAGAGUGGUGGUGUGGAUCCACGGGAAUGGGUUAGCGAGUGGAUGGAGGAGACGAUCAAUUUGAGUGUGGGUAUUGUUGCACAGCGCUAUGUCGCACGAAGGAUGGGCGUUGGAGAGGGUGGACUGGGCAGAGGAAAGGCGAGGGAAGCUGUGGUGGAUGCUGGGGGUGGUGAGGCUGCACGAGCGGGUAUUAUUUGA